CUUCCUCUUCCCGGCGUCGCCACAUCGCGCCCCCCUCUCUCUCUCUCUCGGCGGUCUACUCUUUGCGCCUCACUUUGGCGGUGCCGCCUCCCUCCUCGUUUUAGAGUCAUCACCGUCGCCGUCACCGUCUCCGGCUCAUCUUUCUCGUUCGCUAGGUUGCCUCGCUACCCAUCGGCAAGCAAAAAACGAAGCCAUGUCCUCCUGUGGAACCACGUGCCAAUCCCACUGCUCUGGUUCCGACGGCGCCCAGGAUUUCAAUGAGAGCUCCAUCCCUAUCCAAAACAUCUCCAUUGCCGCGGAGCCGCCAACCAGCAACGGGCUUCCGGCUCCUUGCAGCAAGUGCGGGGCGGAAGAACGAUUCUACAGCAGCAUGUGCGCAGUCUGCUUCCGCGGGCACGUAUUCGGGAAGUUCAAGCUCGCCGUCACUAAUAACGCUAUGAUAUCCCCUUCCGACAAUCUCCUCGUCGCUUUCUCCGGCGGCCAUGCCUCGAGGGUAGCUUUGCAAUUCAUCCAUGAAAUGCAACGCAAAGCAUUCACUAGCUGGGUUGCUAGUAAAUCUCAAGCUCUUCCAGUAUUUGGUGUUGGUGUUGCUUUUGUUGAUGAACGUGUGGCAUCUAAUCAACCAUCUUGUGAAGUUGAUAAAGCAAUAGAAGAAAUAAAGUUGAUAGUUUCUGAUCUGGCACCUGUACAAAAAGAGUUGCAUAUUUUACCCAUUGAGAGUAUUUGUUCUCUAGGUUCCAAUGAUGGGAAGAGCAAGCUGAAUGGUUUGCUUGAAACCAUUACUGAUACUACUGGGAGAGAAGAUUUUUUGCACUAUUUGCGCUUGCUUUCCUUACAAAAGAUAGCUUUGGAACGUGGAUACAACAAGCUUGUCCUUGGAUCAUGCACAUCGGCAAUAGCACGGCAUAUAAUAUCUGCAACCGUAAAGGGUCGAGGUUAUUCUUUACCUGCUGACUUCCAGUACAUUGAUGUAAGAUGGGAAAUUCCAGUGGUGCUUCCUCUUCGAGAUUGCCUUGCACAGGAGCUCAGCAUGGUCUGUCAUCUUGAUGGUUUGAAGACGCAGAAGCUGCUUGACAGACCUUGUGUGGGUAUUAAUGCUUUGGUCUCAUCAUUUGUUACACAGUUGCAGGAUGAGAAUCCUUCUCGUGAGAGCACAAUUUUAAGAACAGCAGAAAAGCUCAAGCCUUUUCAUUUCAAUAAAUUUAGCAAGAAUGGUUAUCAUGAUUUCCUACCCUCACGUUUGCGAAGCAAGUUCCAAAAUGUCAAGGAUGAUAGCUCCACCAAAGAAGUUCUCUGUCCAAUCUGUGGAAGUCCUUUAGAUAAAUCAGAUUUGCAGAAUUUGAAAAAAAUUCAGGAAAAUUAUCAAGAAUCCAUUGAUUAUUUUAUUUCUCAAUGUUGUCAAAGCUGCCAUUUUCAGAUCCUUCCCAAGAAUGAAGUACCUCUGGUGCAGUUUUAUGCACUAUUACCCCAACCGUUUACUCAAAGAGUAAAUAUCAAUUCCUUACGAGACCAAAUAAAAGAUUGUCUUAUCUCAGAUGAUGAUGAUCUUGAUGAUAAUUCUUGAGCCCAGUUUGCACAGAUUGUUAUGCUGUAAUCUGGGAGUUUUGGAACAAAAUCAUGCUUCCAGCUGCUAUUCAUGGCAAUUAGGAUGUUUAAUAAAAAAGCUUGAAUCUGCGGAAGAUUGAUUUAUGUGGCCACACUUAUAUUUAUGGAAAUAAUGUAUACCCGGCAAUAACAUCAGAAUCUGUAAAUGUUUAUUAAGAUCUUAUAAGUCAUAGUUUAUAUUAUUGGUAAA